AUGGCUUCCUCACAGACUGCACGUUCGAGUGUCAAACCCCCCAAUUCGCAAUCCGACACGACACCCAACUUCGCCGACCCGAACUUCGACCCCGCCGAAUUCCUCAAUGAAUCUCUCUCGCCGUUAACUGUCGCAUCCUUACAACCGAAUGCCUCGCGAGCGCCGGGCUCCGUGCCUCUGACCGAACUAUCUGCGCAAGUCCAGACACUGCUCUCGCAAAUCAGCGCACAGAAUGUGCGCCUCUCCAGUACGCUUUCCCAGCUCAGCGAUGAAAUACUCCGAAGUGGUGGACGGUUGGCAUACGAGGUAGAAGUUCUCCGUGGAGAGACCAUUGGGCUGUCGGAGACCCUGACAGAAGUCCUGCGGGACGACAUCUCCAAGUUUGUGCCAGAGUCCACAGAUGAUGCCUCCGCUGGUCGGAAGGUAGAGCUCGCGCCAGAGGCGACCGAGGAGUCUCAGCCCGAGUCUACGAAAACAGAAGAGAAGUCUGCAGGAGAAGGAAAGGGAAUCGCUGCACCGAUCGAUCCCGAAUACAUUUCCAAACUCCGUACACUCAACAAGGUCCGAUCAAGGCUCGAGGAUGUUGUCCAGGCCUUUGGCGAUGCGAUGGAAUGGCCUCUACCACCGUCCGAGAUCUCCUUCUCUUCGUCCUUUAUCUCCGUCUCCGGCCCUGAAAUGAGCGCCGAUGGCCAUGAUCAAGAACAGAAGGGCCAGGAAACCAUGAAGAAGCUACGGACACAGAUCAACGAGUUGCUGGACAGUGACGGCGGUGGGCGUGCCGGAUUGGAAGCAGCCACCCGCCGCGUCGAGGCUCUGCGGAUAUUGGCGACGGUCUGGAAGGGGUCGGCCGAGGAGAAAGCGCGCCAUCGGUUUGUUGAUACUCUGGAGAGGAUUGUGGACGAGCGGCGGCGUAUCCUGGACCACCAGCAGGCCACGGCCGGCCAGAGCAUGCGCGGCCCCAGGUCGCGGUCGGAGCAGCGACGUGACAGCGACAGUGGGGCGCCUGGGGGUGGCUUGUUCCGCAACUUACAGCGCCUGCGGGAGGAGAUCUAUUUGGAGUAG